AGCACCUGUCAGCCAUGCUCCACAUGUACAGAUGGUGUCAGAGCUCAGAACUGGAUCAGCUGGUUUCUCCUCCUCCUCUUAAAACACGGCACCACAAUCAUUAGUUCCUUUUCACGAUAUUGCUGAUGACUGGUAGCGACUAAGCAACCAUGCAGAUUUUUGUGAAAACACUGACGGGUAAAACCAUAACCCUUGAGGUGGAGCCCAGUGACACCAUUGAGAAUGUGAAAGCCAAAAUCCAAGAUAAAGAAGGCAUUCCUCCUGACCAGCAGCGUCUCAUCUUUGCUGGAAAACAGCUUGAGGAUGGACGCACCCUGUCAGAUUACAACAUCCAGAAGGAGUCCACUCUGCAUCUUGUCCUGCGUCUGAGAGGUGGUAUCAUCGAGCCCUCUCUGAGGCAACUGGCUCAAAAGUACAACUGUGAGAAGAUGGUCUGCCGCAAGUGCUACGCUCGUCUGCAUUCCCGCGCUGUCAACUGCCGCAAGAAGAAGUGUGGACACACCAGUAACCUCAGGCCCAAGAAGAAGCUGAAGUAGACAGCUGGAGUUAAUGAAUGUAUUACUGCUCAGUACUGUCAAAUAAAAUAUUUUGACGAGCACCAUCAGUAGGAGCUGAUACGCAAACAGGUCUUUUUGCAGAUUUCACAUAUAGUAGAAUGUGCAGACCAGUAAAUAGUUCAGUUAAUAUGUGUAUCAUUUACGGUCAAAGAGAACAGGCGUGGUUUUCCAUCUCCCAGAGAUCAACAGGUAGACGGACAUUAUUUUAUAGAGAAACAUCACUGCAGUAAAUAAAGAAAUAAAGACAAGCUUAUA